AUGGAGCAUGCGCGGCCUCCACCAGAGUUGUGCCUGGAGGGUGGCCCUGCCGCGCGCGCCGAGGCAUGGCGCCGGUGGUAUACACAAUUCCAAGUAUUCCUGAAGGCUUCAGGUGUCUAUAAGGAGACAAGUGAUGUGCAAGCCAGUUUGCUGGUAAACCUAAUAGGGUCGGAAGGUUAUAAUGUGUAUUUGACCUUCAGAUUUACAAAAGAUGAGAACCGCGAUGACUUGCAAACCUUAGUAGACAAAUUUAACGAUCACUUUGGGACCAAACAGAAUGAAACGAUGGCACGAUUCAAGUUUUUCUCUAGGAACCAGGAAAGUGGUGAAUCUAUAGACGAGUACGUAACGGCACUGAAAAUACUUGCCCAGCAGUGCGAGUUCAAGGACCUCGAGGAGAGCCUAAUGCGUGAUCGCAUAGUGUGCGGUGUUGCCAGUAGCAAAGUACGCGACCGCUUGCUUAGGGCGGAGGAUCUAACUUUGGAAAAGGCGGUAAAGAUAACUCAGGCGAAUGAGAUGUCAAGUGAAGAAAAGCGCCAAAUCGAAGGCUCUAAGGUUGCCGUGGCAGCGUCAUCGUCGGCAGUGGAUGUACUGUAUGGAACCUCUGGACAGUUUGCUGGGGGUGGCGGCGUGCGCGACAAAUUACAGGGUGAAUUAGAUCGCAUGGUUAAAAUGGGGGUCAUUAGAAAAGUGUCCCACCCCACACCGUGGGUCAAUGCGAUUGUAGUGGCCGCGAAAAAAGAUGGCAGUAUACGCGUGUGCCUCGACCCGCGGCCGCUAAAUCGCGUUGUGCGCCGCGCUCGCUACCCCCUCCCCGCGCUCGGUGAAAUAGCCACAAAGCUACAGGGAGCGCGAUAUUUUAGCAAACUUGAUGCUCGUUCAGGUUUUUGGAUGGUACAAAUAGACGAUGCCAGUGCCGACCUAUGUACAUUUGGGACACCGUUCGGUAGGUACCAAUUCUUACGCCUCCCAUAUGGUAUAAACUGUGCGUCUGAGGUAUUCCAUUCUAAGGUUCGUCAAAUUUUGGAAGAUCUGGAGGGAGUAGAGUCCUUCGUCGAUGAUAUUAUAGUCUGGGGACGUACCUUAGAGGAACACGAUGCAAGAUUAAAGUCGUUGCUAGACAGAUCGCGCGAGGUAGGCAUUAAAUUUAAUAAACAGAAGUGCGAAUUUAGAGUUCAAAAGAUUACUUAUCUAGGUCACACGUUUAGUCAUGAGGGUAUGCGUGUUGAUUCUGAGAAGGUUAAGGCUAUCGAGAAGAUGCCUUCUCCACACGACCGAGCGUCUCUGGAAAGGUUUUUAGGUAUGGUGAAUUACUUAUCGAAAUUCAUACCUAACUACUCGGAAGUGGCGUCACCUUUACGAGCCCUGUUAAAAAAAGACACGGAAUGGUGCUGGCAGCCCGAGCACGAGGCAGCCGCCGGACAGCUGCGGGCAUUGGUGAGCGGCGCGCCUGUGCUGGCCCUGUACGCACCGCGCGCUCCAGUGCUGGUCUCGGUAGAUGCUAGUCAGCACGCGUUGGGCGCUGUGAUCCUUCAAGCGGGUCGGCCCGUUGAGUUUGCCUCUGCCACGCUAACAGAUGCACAGACCAGGUAUGCACAAAUUGAAAAGGAGCUUCUUGCCAUUGUCUUCGGACUGGAGCGUUUCCAUCAAUACGUGUACGCUCAUGGUGACGUCACAAUCGAAACGGAUCACAAACCACUGGAGGCAUUGUUUUCAAAACCUUUAGAUGCUGUGCCAGCGCGUUUGCAGAGGAUGAUGCUUCGCAUACAGGGUUAUGAUUUCAAGGUCGUGUAUAAGCCAGGUAAAUAUAUGUUUGUCGCAGAUACAUUGUCUCGAGCGCCCCUCCCGGAUAACAUCAGUGACAAAGUAUCCGAAGAAAUAAACGACCAGUCAUGUUUCUUAUUGGAAAAUGUCAGAUUCAGUGACGGUAAGUUACGUACUAUCAGACAAGUGACUACAGACGAUGAUGAGUGUCAGUUAAUAAUUAAAUAUAUACAGUCAGGUUGGCCGCACAGUAAAUAUGAAGUCAACGAAAAAGUGCGAGGACACUGGUCGUUGCGAAAUAGUUUCGAAUAUGUGGAUGGUAUAAUUUUCAAGGACAAUUUAGUUUACAUCCCCAAGGCGUUGAGGGCAGAAAUGAUAAGUCGCGUGCACGACGGACACAUGGGCAUCGAUCGUUGUAAGCGGCACGCGCGUGACGUCAUGUUCUGGCCGGGAAUGAGUCGAGACGUGGAGCGCCGCGUGCGCCGCUGUGGGGCAUGCGCCGCGCGCGCGCCGAGGGCCCAGCGGGAACCCAUGCUGCCGCAUGACAUACCUGAUUUACCGUGGAUAAAAGUAGGUUCCGAUAUUUUUCAAUAUGGCUCUAAAUAUUUUCUUAUACUGGUUGAUUACUUUUCUAAUUUUAUCGAAGUAAGUCAAAUCAAAAACAUAGGAAGUAGGGCAGUCAUAGAAGCCAUGAAAGAUCAGUUCGCAAGACACGGCAUUCCUUGGGUAUUAGUUACAGAUAACGGACCUGCUUACGCAUCCAAAGAGUUCGCGGAUUUUAAAAAAGAAUGGGAGUUCGAUCAUAUUACGACAUCUCCCCAUUAUGCUCAAUCGAACGGUCGUAGCGAAAAAAGCGUGAGAACUAUUAAGGACAUUCUCAUAAAAUCUAUAAAUUCUGGUACUGACUUUUACUUAGGACUUUUAAACUUCCGAACCACACCCCGCGACAAUUUAAGUUCGCCAUCUCAGUUACUAAUGGGACGCACGCUCAAUACAAGAUUACCGUCUCACGAGAGCAAACUUCGGCCGAGCCGAGAUAACAGCCGUGACUACGAGAAUAUGGUACGUAACCAACAAACUAGUAAGCAACACUACGACCAACGAGCACGUGCGCUGCCUGAACUACAGCCGGGUGACCGGGUGCUGGUGGUGGACAGGCAACGCAGGAGACAAGCCCGUGUCGAGUCUCGAGCAAAUCAACCUCGUUCCUACUUCGUGACUGAUCGUUCCGACAGGCGGAUCAGACGAAACAGGCGCCAUUUAAUAAAACUUGAGCGAUGUUCACCCGUGGAUGACAGCAACGUUGCUGACAAAUUACCGAGUGACGACGAAGCCUGGUCGAGUGCCGACAGCGACAGCCUGCCGUCGCCUGACGGAGCUGGUGCUGCUCCUUGUCCUGCGCCUAACUCGCAACCACAUACGGAAAAAUCUCGCGAACCUAGGCAGGCGGCGAUUAAGGCACGCAUUAAUAUGAAAAACUAUAUCUAA